GCCCCCCCUCCCCAGACCGCCCCGGUUCCCCCGUGCGGCCCGCCAUGGCGGCGGCCGUGGACGAGAGCACCCUGCCCUCCAUCUCCACUUUCGCUAACCUGCUGCCGCUGGAGGAGCGGCCCGCCGACAUGCUCCACAGGAUGCUGCAGCAGGACGGCGCGGCCGCCGUCAAGCGGGAGGAGGACGACUUGGGCAAGUUCGUGGACUUGGACUUCAUCCUGGCGCACACCAGCAGCGGCGGGCAGGGGCCGCCGGGCCCCGGCCCCAACUACCCCCUGCCCGAGACCCCCGAGAGCUGCGGCACCACCUACGACAGCGACGGCUCCUACCCCACGCCGGGCAAGUUCCCGGCGCCUUACCCCGAGGGCCAGGGCCACAGCUACGUGGCCGAGCUGCUCACCCCGGACCUGCCCGGCCACUGCGACCUGCAACGGAGGGAGUACACGGAGCUGCGGGUGCCCGGCGGCCCCCACCACCACCCCCAUCACCACCCGCCCCUGCACCCGGCCCUGGCCCGCCCGCUGCCCCUGGACCCCGCGCAGCCCUUCGGGCCCCGCAUCAAGAAGGAGCAGCCGGAGGAGCGGGCCUGCAUGCUGGGGCUGCCCGCCGCCGAGUAUCUGGGGCCGGGCGGCGGCGAGCACAAGCCACGCGUGGCGCCGGCUUCCGGGCCGGGACCGGUGCCGGGGCCGCCGCUGCCCUACCCGGGCUUCGCCCACGGCCGCCUGGGGCCCCUCGAGGAGCCGCUGCCCGGCGCCGACCCCCACCUCCUGGCCGACCUGCCGCCCCACUACGCCGUGGCCCCGCACCGCUACGCGCCCCACUUCGCCCCCCAGCCGCCGCCGCAGUUUCAUGGACACUUCAGUGUUUUCAGGGAGCCCCUAAAGGGGCCGGGGCCGGGCCCGGCGGGGCUGCCCGGGCUGCUGGUCACGCCGCCCAACUCCCCGGUGCUGGAGUACUUCCCGGCCGGCCCCCCCGAGGACUGCAAGCCCAAGCGCGGCCGCCGCUCGUGGGCGCGCAAGCGGACGGCCACGCACAACUGUGAAUACCCGGGCUGCGGCAAGACCUACACCAAGAGCUCCCACCUCAAGGCGCACAUGCGGACCCACACGGGCGAGAAGCCCUACCACUGCACCUGGGAAGGCUGUGGCUGGAAAUUUGCCCGCUCCGAUGAGCUGACCCGCCACUACCGCAAGCACACGGGGCACCGGCCCUUCCAGUGUCACCUCUGUGAGCGGGCUUUCUCCCGCUCCGACCACCUUGCCCUCCACAUGAAGCGGCACAUGUGAGCGGCGGGCCACGGCCAGACUUGGUGUCCCUGGAGUCAGCUCACCGUGGGAACGAUGAAUUUCUCCAACCAUCCCGUCCCACUGGAAAGGCUGGCUCUGCUGUCCUGUCCUCCCUAAGCACCCUGGGAGCUGGAGUGACGGUCCGCGGCUGUUUUGAGGUUCAGCUCUGAGAUCAGAGCACAAACCAGUUCUUCCUCGCCUUUCAUCAUUGCUGUGCCAGGGCGGGAGCGAGGUCCGGCUCUGCUGCCGCUGCCUUACAUGGAGGCAAGAGCAGGGGAAGGCGCUUUGGCUCCUUCUCUGGGCAGAGCUGCUCCAGGUUUGCUCCCCCAGGCCUGGGGCAAGGCACUCCUUUGGGCACACGAUGGGGCAUGGCGGUCGCAUGGACUGGCAUGGCUGCGAACCUCACCUGGGGGAGGAGCGGCUGUAGUGGAAAAGGCAAUUAUGGUUAAUUUGUUGUUAAUAAAAAACACCCUCUUCCAAUU